GACAUUAGGGCAGUCCACCAAUUCUGUACAAGGCAAGCAUUAGCAAUCUCAUUCCUUUUUCUACACGGCUUCAAAAUUCUGUCAUCCGUCUUUAGGUUCUCCUUGGUUCGAUCUUGAUUUCAUAUUAAUUUCUCAUUACAAAUCAAAGAAUGGGUUUAUGAUUAAGAAAUCGAAAUUGUUUGGUUGCACAAAAUAAAUCAAACCUCCCCGAAAUGUUAUCACGAUUCACGAUUCGGGCUUUCGUCGAGAUAGUUUGAGGUCCAUUGUGUUGUGUGCGAUGCAGAUCGAGAUCGGAGGAGGGAUAUCGUGUAAGAUCCUUUUGACGGAGUCGCAACGGCUUUGGUGCUAGAAACGCCUGGAAUACAUCAAUUCUCUCGUUCUGUUACUUUCCGAUACUCUUUCUUGAAAAUUGCUGUUCUGCUCAAAGCACUAAGGGAAGUGGAAUGGUGCAGGGUUCGGGCUGCACCGACGAACCCUUGAGUUAGAAGAAAUUAGAAAGGACCAAUCCAAGGCUCUCUCGGGAGAGGAAAGAAGAAAAAGAGACAAAAGCCAAAGACUCGAAUAAGCGUUCACCAGUCACAAGACUCACAACACAUCCUUCGAAGGUCCAAUCCAAACCUCUCUCUCAUGCUUCACCGAAGAAGACGGUGGCUCAAAGAUCUAAAUCUUAUAUGGAGCUUCGUUCUGGAUAGCCCAACAGAUCGAAUUGUGGAUCCUUCAGCCUCUCUCGAAGGGAACCCUCUUCUUCCAUCUCUUCCUCACCAUAGACCGCAGUUUCAAGGCCGACUCUGAUUGUUCACAGUGGAACAUCACCACCUUCUCAGCAUAACUGAGACUUCUGUUUUUUUGCCGAUUUCUCGCGGAGCGUUUGGCGGUUUUUUGCUUCCUGAAUCAGAAAGUUGAAAGCUCACAAGUGAGUUCUUGAGCGGUUCUCCGGUGGUCGAAAAUGACGGAUGAAAGUUCACCUUCGCACAGAAGAGACCCUAUCAAGUCUUCAGUUGGAAACAUUGCGGCAGAACGAAGGAAACAACAUGCAGUUUCAGUGGGGAAAGAAAGAAGAGAAGCAUUAGUACGUGCAAAGCGUCUAUGUAGAGGUGGUAUUAUUGAAGAUACUGAGGAUGUCUGCUUGGACAAAGAUAUGAUGAUUGACGAAGAGCGAACAGCUUUGGAUGCUCAGACUUCUCGCACUGUAGAAGAAUUGAAAUCUGCUGUCCAAUUCCAGGGUAAAGGUGCAAUGCAAAAGAAGGUGGAGUGCCUUUGUGAUUUAAGACGCUUAUUGUCAAAGUCUGAAAUACCUCCUGUUGAAGCAGCCCUUAAAGCUGGAGCAGUACCUAUUCUUGUUCAGUGCCUUUCAUUUGGUUUGCCUGAUGAACAGUUGCUUGAGGCAGCUUGGUGCCUUACAAACAUAGCAGCUGGGGAACCAGAACAAACAAAAGCUUUAUUGCCUGCAUUACCUUUGCUUAUUGCUCAUCUUGGAGAGAAGAGUUCCAUGCCUGUUGCUGAACAGUGCGCUUGGGCAUUGGGGAAUGUUGCUGGUGAAGGAGAGGAGCUGAGAAAUAUUUUGUUAGUUCAAGGAGCCUUACCACCACUUGCAAGGAUGAUGCUGUCAAAUAAGGGUUCAACAGCGAGGACAGCUGCUUGGUCCUUGUCAAACCUAAUCAAGGGACCUGGUCCUAAAGCUGCAACGGAGCUCAUAAAAAUUGAUGGCGUACUGGAUGCAAUAAUCUGGCACUUGAGAAAAGGGGAUGAAGAGUUGGCCACUGAAGUAGCAUGGGUAGUUGUAUAUCUUUCAGCUCUUUCAAACAUUGCUACCAGUAUGCUGGUAAAGAGUGAUGUUGUUGAACUACUUGUUGGGAAACUGGCAACAUCAGGCAGUUUACAGUUGCUCAUUCCGGUCCUGCGAAGUCUUGGUAAUCUUGUUUCAGGUGAUACUUACACAACUACUGUUGUUCUUGUGGCUGGGCAUGCUGUUACAGAUAAUAUGAUAUCUGCACUGAUUAAAUGUUUGAGUAGUGAGCACCGGGUCUUGAAAAAGGAGGGAGCUUGGUUUUUAUCAAACAUAGCAGCUGGUUCCCUUGCACACAAGCAGUUGAUAUAUUCUAGCGAAGCAAUUCCAUUAUUGUUGCAUCUUCUUUCAACAGCACCGUUUGACAUAAGGAAGGAAGUAGGAUAUGUACUGGGCAACUUAUGUGUUGCUCCAACAGAGGGUGUUGGACGGCCAUUUGUGAUUUUGGAGCACUUGGUCCCACUUGUUGGUAGAGGUUGCCUUCCAGGAUUUAUUAAUUUGGUGAGAUCUGCUGAUGCCGAGGCUGCAAGACUAGGACUUCAGUUCUUGGAGCUUGUCAUGAGAGGGAUGCCCAACGGUGAAGGACCAAAGCUUGUCGAGAUAGCGGAUGGAAUUGAAGCUAUGGAAAGAUUUCAAUUUCAUGAAAAUGAAGAACUGAGAAACAUGGCAAAUGGAUUAGUUGAUAAGUACUUUGGUGAGGAUUAUGGGCUUGAUUAGUAGAAAGUGUGGCCGAGAAUCACAGGAGAAUGAUACCGGCAGCUCAGUUCAGGCAAGAAUGACACCUCCAGCCCGGGUCAAUACAGGAUGCCAGUUCAGGAUGCAGGUAUCAUCUCUCCUGCGUAGAGAACCUUAGAUGUUUUCCUCUUGUGCUAGUGUUGAGGUGAACUCUUUCUGAAGAACUUGUGAAAAUCCAUUAUUUGUAGUGGCAUCUCGGGAAUGUUGUAAAUUAAGAAUUCUCAUAUAUCCAGAUCCAGACUGGCUUCAGCAAAAGUUGGCUUUGUUAUGUAUCCCAAAAACAUACUUGUUAGUCACUUUAUUUGAUUGAUGCCUUUUAAUGUUCUUUA